AUGGAGGACACAUGGCAAUUGAAGGACGACUUAUAUUCAUUGUUUCAACAUAAUACACAUGCUCCAAUUGAUGGACUACGAUCAAUUUCGUGUUUAAUGAUCAUUGUACUUCAUAUAAUCACCUUUUUAAAUUCAUUUAUUACACCUUAUCCAACUCAUGAAUGGAUGACUUACUUAAAAAGCUAUUCAUUUCGAUUGUCAACAUUAUUGUCAUUAUCAUUGGAAACCUUUUUUAUGCUAUCCGGGUUUCUUUUAACACUAAAAUGUAUUGAACAGAAUUAUUUCUUAACUUGGAAAGGAUACUCAAUUUAUAUAUUUAGACGGGCAUGCCGUUUUUGGCCAGGUAUUUUAUUAAUUACUAUUGUUAUGCUACUACUUGGUGAACCAAAAGGUAAUUGGAUGAAUCUUUGGUUAUUUUAUCAAAAUUAUGUUGAUAUGGAACAGUGGUCAAUUGGCUUUGCUUCUCUUUGGAGUAUCAGUCUGGAUAUGCAAAUGCAUAUACUUUUACCCGUCGUUCUGUAUAUGAUUGUUAGUUCCACGUCAAAUUACCAAAAAACUUAUUCAGCAUUAUAUAUGCUCAUUAUUUUGUCAAUUGUAUAUUCACUGUUUGUUUUCAAUCCACAAACAAUGGAUUUGCCGACGUUAGUCUAUCGCUAUAAUUCAAUGGCAUUAUUGAUGCCACAACGAAUUUUCGAUUGGAUUAUAACUGAUUAUAAUGUUACAUUGGCAUUUGAACGACCAGGUGUACCAAGUCCAAUAAAACCAUUCAUGGAAAAGAUGUAUCUGCCUGUCAUAAGUCGGUAUUCAAGUUUUAUCAUCGGAUCAGUCUUAGCAUUGAAUUUGAUGAAUGCCAACAGCUCGAAUGUUACUUAUUAUGGAAAGAUGAAAAAAUAUCUAUAUUUUACAUUGAUUUGGCUGUAUAUGCUCAUAUUAACGACGCCAGUUGAACCGGCUGAAGUCAACCAUGUACUACUUACAGUCGUGUGGUCAAUUACUCGACAAUUAUUUUCAACAUCACAAGCAUUCAUUCUAUUUUCUGCUCUUUGUCCAUCUACUCAUCCCUAUCACAGUUCAUGGAUCAGAUCAUUUUUAUCACUUUCUAUCUGGACACCAAUUGCAAAAUUAAGUUACCUUAUAUAUAUCCUUCAUUUUCGAAUUGCAUUCGAGCUUAUCAUGUCCAAUACCAAUCUAUUCGAUCUUAAGCAAUCUUCAAUUGAUAGUUUAACACCGAUAUGUCUUGUAUUAGUGCUCAUAAUAUGUCUAAUUCUAGCGAUAGUUUGGUUCGUUCUCGUCGAAAAACCAUUUGAACGAGUGAUUAAUCAACUUUUAUCCAACAAUGAAAAACUUCAUACAAAAUAG